AUGGGACAUGAGAAUCACACUUUCAGCAGUGACUUCAUUCUUUUGGGGCUCGUCACGUCUUCUCAAACAAGCCUAGCUUUCUACUCCCUUAUAUUCAUCGUUUUCCUGAUACUAGCGGAGAACACAGUCAUGAUCCUCCUGAUCCGCAGGGACUCGCACCUUCACACCCCAAUGUAUUUCCUGCUCAGCCAUCUCUCUUUUAUGGAUACCUUGCACAGCCCUAACAUUGUUCCCAAAAUGCUCACUGACUUUCUGUCUGACAGCAAGACUAUUUCAUUUGCAGGCUGUGGCUUCCAGAUAUUUAUGUCCAUCUCCCUCCUGGGGGGUGAGUGCUUUCUCCUGGGAGCAAUGUCUUAUGAUCGUUAUGUGGCCAUCUGUCACCCGCUGCGGUAUCCCAUUCUUAUGAAUGAGUAUGUCAUUGUUUUCUUGGCUGGAGGAUCCUGGAUUGUCGGGACUCUCAAUUCUAUUAUUCACACAACUUAUGUCCUCCACUUCCCCUUCUGUGGCUCAAGGGCCAUCGAUCACUUUUUCUGUGAAGUCCCUGCCAUGUUGAAGUUGUCCUGUGUGGACACAACACACUAUGAACAAGGGGAUUUUGUCAGCAGUAUACUUUUCCUGCUUAUCCCUUUCUCCCUGAUCUCUGCUUCAUAUGUCCAAGUUCUCCUUACUGUCCUCCAAAUGAAAUCAUCAGAGGCACGGAAAAAGUCCUUUUCCACCUGUUUUUUCCACAUGAUUGUAGUCAUAAUGUACUAUGGGCCAUGUAUUUUCACAUAUAUGAGACCUAAGUCGUACCACACUCCAGGGCAGGAUAAGUUCCUGGCGAUAUUCUACACCAUCCUAACACCCACACUGAACCCCAUCAUCUAUAGCUUUAGGAAUAAAAAUAUACUGGAGGCAAUGAAAAUUGUGCUGAAAAGUAAUUUCCUCAAUAAAACUUAUUAG